AUGUUUUCGGAGAAAUGUGUUAGAAAUAUUCUCAUAAUUGAAGGCAAGAUGGAUAGUUAUAAAUAUACUACAAUUUUUAAUGAUAAUUUAUUUAAAAAUGCUAAAAAUUUAAAUUUAAAAUUUUUUUUAAUUCUAAUAGGAUACUAA